AUUUUAGUUUUUAUGAACUAAUAAAAAUUAUAAAGUAUAAUCAUUGAAUCGUACAAUAAUAUUAUAACACCUAAUUGUUUACCAUAUUUAAUAUUUUUUAUGACAACACAGUUGAUUUUCCUACUGAUGAGUGAUGAUACUUUGUAGAUUACGUUUCAAUAUUUGCACAAGCAUUGAUUUAAACCCAUGAGAAUAAUACUUUUUUAACACGUCUUCUUUUGAUAGAUUAAUACUAGUGUUUUACUCAUAUAUUGCUCGUCUAGGUCAUAUGAAAAUAUACAACUAACGUAAAAAAUGUUCGAAAUGUCCAUAGUCAGAAUAGGCCUGAUCAUUCUAAUAGCUGCGUCAUUAGGUGCCUUUUGGUACCUGGACACAGUGUUUUAUCACUGGGAUGGAGUAUUGCCACAGCCGGAAGAAAUGGUUGUUGAAACAGUACCAGAAUCUUCAAAAAAUAAUACAAUUUUCAAUAAGCCCAAAGAAUUUGUGCCAACAAAUGAAUGGCAAAUAAUCCAAGAAGGUCAACUUAUUCCUCCCGGACUGCAUGUACAAAUUGAUCUUCAGACUGGUGAGAAAAAGGCUAAAUUAAUGGAGGGCAAUAUAAAUAAUAAAUCAAAUAGUUUAGCCAUUACAGACUCUCAUAAACCAGAGAAUUUUAUUGAUCCAAAUCGUAUGCCAGAUAAUUCACACAAAUUUAGAUCUUAUGAAAAGCUUAAAGAUGAUCUUAAAGACUUGAAUAUGACUAUAAAAAGUGAUAUGGAUGUAAUGGAUGAACUUUCUAGAAAAUUUCAAGAACAAAUGAAAGUAUAUGAAGAUAGUGGUAAAAAUCUUCAGAAUAUUUUAACUGAUCUUGAAUAUCUUCUACAUCAAGUUGAUACAGCUGAGGUUUUUGCAAAGAAUAAAGGGAUACAACUAAUUAUAAUUCCUUGUAUUAAUAGUAAUUCAAGUUAUUUAAAAUCACAAGGAGCUCUGCUCCUUGGUUCUGCUGCUUCUAAUAAUCAAAAAGUUCAAAUUGCUUCUUUAGAAAAUGAUGUUAUACCACUUUUAUUAAAGCAUAUUGAUAAUGAAUUUACAUUUUCUGUUCAAAAAAAUUGUAUCUUUGCUUUAUCAUCAAUUACUCGACGGUUUCCCUUGGCGCAAAAACAAUUAAUAGAUAAUAAUGGUAUUCAAAUUUUCAUGUCUGUGUUUAAAACACCUAUAUCCAAAUUCAAUACUAAAUUAAAGUUAAAAGUUACUCAACUUUUAGAAGAUUUAACUAUAGAAAUUGAGGAUGCUAAACUAACAUUCAAAGAAGAAACUAAUAAACAGCUCAAUAUUGAGGCUGCUGAAAGAGUUCGCCAGUAUGACAAUUUGCAUUUAAAAGAUAAACUUGUUGAAAAUGGAUGGUGCAACAUUUUGGGAGAUGAGUUUAUUAUACUGUCUAACCAAAUACCUCUAGAUGAAGAAAAUAAUGCAAUGGUUGAAGCUUCUGGGAAAUCUUUAUUAGCAUUGCAAAAAUUGUGUAAAGUUAAAUUACAAGGAAACAAGGAAUUCUAUCAGUCAUUUUAUAAAUUAGAAACGUAUUACAAACAAUUAGUCCAAAAUGAUGUAUUUUUUGAUGAAUUAUAUCAGUUAACAACUGAGUUAACUAACACUUAUGAUCCUGUAUUAGAAUAAUAUUAUGUUAUUUAGUUUAAUCUAUAAAUUUAUUAAACUAUGUGUGACUAAAUAUCUGAUGUAUUAAAUAUUUUUCUGUGAUAUAA